AUGCUGUACGCUUAUUUCACCGCCGUGAUCCGCUACAUCCAGGUCACUCCUGGUCCGCCAUCAAUUGAACGUACCAUCACCAACAGAACGAAACUGUCAGUUUCAGUCUACCCAAGGGUGGAGAAAGGCACUCCUAGCAGGAACAAAACCAUGGCAUACAGUUCUGUACCGGCUUGGACACAAGAACACCAUGUCCAUACUCGAAGACAAGAGGAGGAGAUGAGUUAUGUCCACAACAAGUCCUUUGAUUCUAACCAGAACAAAUCUGCGGACAGAAACCAGAGACAAAGACUCCAAGCCACAAAGACUGUUGAGAGUACGGAGUCAAACCACCUGAACGAUGAGAGCCACGAGGAGGAUCACACCACUUCUAGCCGAUUCUCACUUACUGAGACUGCUUCUAUCAUCGACUUGACAGCAUCUGACUCCGAAGAAAGUCUCAGGUGUGAACCUGAUAUGGUUCCUGAUCUUCCACCCGCCAACCACGUCGACCGUCAUCCAAUCCCUCUGGCAAAGCAAAAGCUACUCGAUAAACUUCAAAACAGGAAGGCCCACGAGAUUGAAGACAUGCUGGUCAAGCGUGCUGGUCUCAUUCCUGACUGGAUCGAGAAGACCAUGAGGGAGGAAAUGGAAAGAAAGAUGGCUCGCGAUCUCGAGGCGAUCGAGAAUUGGCUUUGA